GGGCGUCGAGGUCCGGGCGCGCUGCGCUGUCGCCAUCGAUCGCACGCGGCACCCGUUGGAAUCUCGCGCGCGGCCGGGGGCGGCAUCCGCACCAGCACCGGCACCUUUGCUUCCAUUGGAAGCGCAAAUGUCUGCUCCUCCCUCCUCGUCCCCCCGCGCCCUCCGCUGCACGGAUUACUAGUUUCUUAUUGGCACCAGAUCGGAAAGGGGGAGGAAUUAAUUGUGGCGUCGGGUGGCGGUGAGAUCUGAUUUAGAUUGGCCGAUUAUCCCGGUUGGUAGCAGGCUAGCAGCAGUCGGUGGCGGUGCUGGUGCGUGGCCUCUGUUCUUCCCCUCUGUGCUCCGGGAGUGCACAGCGCGGGUUCUAUAAAUACUGCUCAGAUCUGGAAGGCCUCCUCGUCGUCCGCCCAGAGUCUAAUCCGAUUCAAACCGCCCGUUCCCCGUGUCUGUCCGAGCCAAGCAAGCCGAGCCCAAUCCCCUGCGCCAGCUGCUGGGUGCGCGACGCGAUGGCGCAGAAGGAGACCAAUGGCAGCAACGGCGAGCACACCACCUCCCGCCCGCCGCCGACCCCCUCGCCGCUCCGCUUCUCCAAGUUCUUCCAGGCCAACCUGCGGAUCCUGGUCACCGGUGGGGCGGGCUUCAUCGGCUCGCACCUCGUCGACAAGCUCAUGGAGAACGAGAAGCACGAGGUCAUUGUUGCUGAUAACUUCUUCACUGGUUCAAAAGACAACCUGAAGAAGUGGAUCGGCCACCCAAGAUUUGAGCUCAUCCGUCACGAUGUCACCCAACCGCUGCUUGUGGAGGUUGACCAAAUCUAUCAUCUUGCUUGCCCUGCUUCCCCAAUCUUCUACAAGCACAAUCCUGUUAAGACCAUCAAGACUAAUGUUAUUGGGACCCUUAACAUGCUGGGACUUGCAAAGAGAGUUGGAGCUAGGAUUUUGUUGACUUCGACCUCUGAAGUUUAUGGUGAUCCGCUUGAGCAUCCUCAAACCGAGGCCUACUGGGGCAAUGUUAACCCAAUUGGAGUCAGGAGUUGUUAUGAUGAGGGUAAGCGUGUAGCAGAGACACUGAUGUUCGACUAUCACAGGCAGCAUGGCAUUGAAAUCCGAAUUGCCAGGAUUUUCAACACGUACGGGCCUAGGAUGAACAUUGAUGAUGGCCGUGUUGUUAGCAACUUCAUUGCUCAGGCUGUUCGUGGCGAACCCCUGACUGUGCAGAAACCAGGCACACAGACUAGGAGCUUCUGCUAUGUUGCCGAUAUGGUUGAUGGUCUUAUUAAGCUGAUGAAUGGAAACAACACUGGACCGAUUAACUUGGGUAACCCAGGUGAAUUUACCAUGCUGGAACUUGCUGAGAAUGUGAAGGAGUUGAUCAACCCAGAAGUGACAGUGAUGAUGACCGAGAACACUCCUGAUGAUCCUCGCCAGAGGAAGCCAGACAUCACAAAGGCCAAGGAAGUUCUUGGGUGGGAGCCCAAGGUCGUCCUGCGCGACGGUUUGGUGCUCAUGGAGGGUGAUUUCCGGGAGCGCCUGGCGGUGCCCAAGAAGACCAAGGCCUAAACCGCCCUGUGUUUGGCGAGAAGGAUAUCCAAGGGGGGAGCAUACUCAUAGUUGGGUUCGUCAUUAUUCGUGGCCGCAUUUCAUUACGGAAUUUGAGUUCCAAUAAACUGAAUACACAUUUGUCGUUCACCUUGAAAGAUUGUACUAUUAGAAUUCCCAUACAGGGCCGGCCGUUUUGCGUCUCUCUGCUCCCGCAGAUCUUGUUGUACUUGUGUUUGUAGCCUGUGUACUCCUGAAUCGAUUAUAGCAAUGUUGAUGCCAUUUUGAGCUUUGUUCCA